AUGGACAAAGGACUCGCGCACAGCCACAUUACUGGUUUGGGUGUUGACAGAGGUAUGAACAUUACAGAGGAUGCAGGGCUAUUUAGCAUGGAGCAGUCCAGGAAGGCUGCCAGUCUUUUCACGGACAUGAUAGCCAACAAAAAAAUAGCAGGGAAGGCGCUUCUAAUAACCGGAGAGAGCGGAAGCGGAAAGACGGCCCUGGCAGUUGGCAUUUCCAAGGAGCUGGGUGCGCGCGUUCCGUUUGUGCGCAUGACGGGCGGGGAGGUGUACUCUGGCUCGGUCCGGAAAACAGAGAUUCUGCAUCAGGCCAUCCGGCGGGCCACCAGCAUCCGGGUGCGCGAGGUGAAGCACGUGUACGAGGGGGAGGUGAUUGACAUAAAAAUAGAAGAGAAAGAAGACCCGCUGAACAACUACAGGAAGACGGUGUCCAACGUGUAUGUGUCGCUCCGAAGUGCCAAGCGGUCUGAGCGGCUUACGCUCAACCCCUCUCUCUCCCAGGAAAUUAUACGGCAAAAGAUCACAGUUGGCGACGUCAUAUACAUAGAGCCCGAGGAAAACAUCAUAAAAAAGAUCGGGCGCAGCGACUCGUAUGCGUCAGAGUUUGACAUCGAGAGCGACAAGUAUGUGCCCAUGCCCAAGGGAGACAUCUUCACAAAGAAGGAGGUGGUGCAGGAAAUGACGCUGCACGAAAUCGACGUGGCAAACAGCAAGCCGAAGGGAGACGAUGUUUUGUCGGCUAUGGCGCAGAUCCAGCAAACUGGGCGCAUUGAAAUAACGGGCAAGGUGCGAGAGGAGGUUGACGCAAGGGUGGGCAGCCAGCUAAGCAUAGGAGCUGCCGAAAUUAUUCCAGGGGUGCUCUUUAUAGACGAGUCGCACAUUCUUGACGUGGACUGCUACUCUUUCCUGAGCACUAUGCUGGAGCUGCCAACGUGUCCGGUGCUGAUUUUGGCCACAAACCGAGAGCAUGCAAAGAUUCCCGGAACGGAGGAGACAGGCCAGUUUGGCAUGCCGCCCAUAUUCAUAAGCAGGCUUUUUGUGGUUCGCACGGAGAAGCCCAGCGAGAGCACUUUGAGGAAAAUCAUAGACCGGAAGAUCUCGAUGGAAAAGAUAAAAAUAUCAGAGGGCGGGGCAAGCCUGCUCUACAAGAUCGCGUGCGAAAGCACAUUGCGCUUUGCGUUUGGGCUUCUUCCGCUGGCCGCAAUUUUGUCCCCGGAAAUAACGGAAGAAAGCAUAAAGGAAGUUUCAAGCAUGUUUAGCAAACCAAAUUAA